AUGACACUACUCAUCGUUGAGGUUGCCCGUGUCACCCCCGCCACCGACUCAGUCUCGGUCCUCAACUCGAAGAACUCCCUCGCAAUCCCAUUGACUUUCUUCGACCUACCAUGGCUACUAUUCCGCCCACUCAAGCGAGUCCUCUUCUACAGAUUCACCGAGUCCACUCGUGAGCAUUUCUACUCCUUCCUCCUCCCUAAGCUCAAGCUCUCUCUUUCCCUCGCCCUCCGCAACUACCUCCCUCUCUCCGGCCGCAUCACCUGGGACCAAAACAAGCCCAAGCCCAGCAUCGUUGUCUCUCAAAAUGAUGCUGUGUCAGUGACAAUAGCCGAGAGUGACUCUGAUUUCUCUUAUCUCUCCGGCUAUGGACAGCGUCCAGUGUCCGAGCUAGACACUUUGGUACCCGAGUUACCGGUUUCUGAUGACUCAGCCACCGUUCUCUUUCCGCAAAUCACGUUGUUCCCGAACCAAGGAUUCUCCAUCGGCAUCGCAUCACACCAUGCCGUUUGGGACGGAAAAACGUCAAGCAUGUUCAUGAAAGCUUGGGCUCAUUUCUGCAAACAACACCUUGAGAACAGAUUCGUCUCUCUACCUGAGAAUCUAACACCAUCUCUUGAUCGGUCGUUGCUCAAAGAUUUUACUAAGCUCGAUGAAAAGAUGAUCGAGGUCGUGAGAUCUCUCAAAGAGAACAAAACCAACGAGAGAAGCCUAAGUCCAAUUCCCACACGAGAACCCGAAGACGACGUCGUCAUCGCCACCGUCGUGCUGUCUAGCGAUGACGUGGAGAGACUCCGGGAGAGAGUAAAGAGGGAGUCACCAGAUCAUAGUCUCCACUUGUCCACUUUCGUCAUCGCCUAUGCCUACACGUGGUCAUGCCUUGUGAAGGCGCGUGAAGGAAAUGCAAAGCGAUCCGUGAGUUUCCUUUUCGUAGGAGAUUUUAGAGAGCGUUUGGAUCCGCCGCUACCCGCGACCUACUUCGGAAAUUGCAUGUUUCCGGCGGGCAGCUACAACCGCAAGGCUGUGGAUUUUGCGGAAGAGAGAGGAUUCGUAACGGCCGUGGAGAUACUAAGCGGUUUAGUCAAAGGUUUGAGCUCACGAAAGAUAGAGACGAUAGUGAAAGAAUUCGCGGAUGGAUUUGCUUCCUUGUGUGAGACGUCACAGUUUGGGACGGUAGCCGGGUCGACCCGGUUGGGAGUAUAUCAGACGGAUUUCGGGUGGGGAAAACCGGUUAAGACUGAUGUUCUCUCCGUUAAUGAAGGAGGAGGAAUAUCAAUGGCAGAGAGACGUGACGAAUCAGGUGGUGUCGAGAUCGGAAUGUGUUUGAAGAAGGCUGAAAUGGACAUCGUCCUUUCUAUUUUCAACAAUGGUUUACGAAGCUAA